AUGUUCAGCUUUGUGGAUUCAAGGACUGUUCUGCUACUUGUAGCAUCCCAAGUUGUUUUACUGGCUGUGGUCAGGUGUCAGGAAGAGGAUGACCUACUCGAGGCAGGUGGCUGCAUCCAGGACGGCCAGCUGUAUAGUGAUAAGGAUGUGUGGAAGCCAGAGCCGUGUCGAAUCUGUGUGUGUGACAGCGGAGCGGUUCUGUGUGAUGAGAUAAUCUGCGAAGAAAUGAAGGAGUGUGCCAACCCCAUCAUCCCAUCUGGAGAGUGCUGUCCCAUGUGCCCUACCGAUGCCAGUGCCCCCAUUGGUUGUAAUUUAUUUAUUCACGGUCAGAAAGGAGAACCAGGCGAUAUUGCAGAUGUUGUAGGACCAAGAGGACCAGCAGGCCCCAUGGGCCCCCCAGGUGACCAGGGAGUACGCGGACCAGCUGGUGCAAAGGGUGACAAGGGAAAUGCUGGGCCUCGUGGACGGGAUGGCGAGCCUGGCACCCCUGGAAACCCCGGACCCCCUGGUCCACCUGGCCCACCUGGACCACCAGGACUUGGAGGGAACUUUGCUGCACAAAUGGCUACAGGUUUUGAUGAGAAGGCCGGAGGUGCUCAGAUGGGAGUGAUGCAAGGACCAAUGGGUCCAAUGGGUCCCCGUGGUCCCCCAGGACCCAGUGGAGCACCUGGACCACAAGGUUUCCAGGGUGCCCCUGGAGAGGCUGGAGAGUCUGGUCCAGCUGGAGCAAUGGGACCCCGUGGACCACCUGGACCUUCUGGAAAACCAGGAAGUGAUGGUGAGGGUGGGAAACCUGGCAAAGCUGGUGAACGUGGACCCGCUGGACCUCAGGGAGCUCGUGGAUUCCCUGGGACUCCUGGCCUUCCUGGAAUUAAAGGACACAGAGGUCACCCUGGUCUGGAUGGAGCUAAGGGAGAGAAUGGUGCUGCUGGAGCAAAGGGUGAGGCUGGUGCUUCUGGAGAAAAUGGCGCCCCUGGACCCAUGGGCCCACGUGGUCUACCUGGUGAGAGGGGACGGACAGGUGCUGCUGGAGCUGCUGGUGCCCGUGGAAAUGAUGGCUUGCCUGGUCCUGCCGGUCCACCUGGGCCAGUUGGUCCUGCUGGAGCUCCCGGUUUCCCAGGAUCCCCUGGAGCCAAAGGUGAAGCUGGUCCAACUGGAGCUCGUGGAGCUGAAGGCCAACAGGGCCCCCGUGGAGAGGCUGGUACUCCAGGAUCUCCCGGACCUGCUGGGGCGUCGGGUAACCCUGGAACUGAUGGUAUUCCUGGAGCCAAAGGAUCUGCUGGUGGUCCUGGAAUUGCUGGUGCCCCUGGUUUCCCUGGCCCCCGUGGGCCUCCAGGACCACAAGGAGCAACGGGUCCCCUUGGACCGAAAGGACAGUCUGGUGACCCCGGUCUUCCUGGAUUCAAAGGGGAAGCUGGGCCCAAAGGAGAGCUUGGUCCUGCUGGUCCCCAAGGGGCACCCGGCCCUGCUGGCGAGGAAGGAAAGAGAGGCGCAAGAGGGGAACCUGGAGCUGCUGGACCACUUGGGCCUCCCGGAGAGAGAGGAGCCCCUGGCAACCGUGGUUUCCCAGGUCAAGAUGGUCUUGCUGGCGCUAAGGGUGCUCCAGGUGACCGUGGUGUUCCUGGCGCUGCUGGGCCAAAAGGUGCGACAGGUGAUCCCGGACGUACAGGAGAGUCUGGUCUCCCAGGAGCUAGAGGUCUUACUGGCCGUCCUGGAGAUACUGGUCCUCAGGGCAAAGUUGGACCUUCUGGUGCCGCCGGUGAAGAUGGUCGUCCUGGCCCACCUGGUCCUCAGGGAGCCCGCGGACAGCCUGGAGUGAUGGGAUUCCCAGGACCAAAAGGAGCCAAUGGUGAGCCUGGAAAGCCUGGAGAGAAAGGUCUUUUGGGUCGCACUGGUCUGAGAGGCCUGCCAGGAAAAGAUGGAGAGACCGGAUCUGCUGGACCACCAGGCCCUGCUGGACCUGCUGGAGAGAGAGGAGAGCAAGGUCAGCCUGGACCUUCUGGGUUUCAGGGUCUUCCUGGGCCAACUGGUGCACCUGGAGAGGCUGGAAAACCCGGAGACCAGGGUGUUCCUGGAGAGGGUGGAGCUCCUGGCGCUGUUGGACCUAGAGGUGAACGUGGUUUCCCUGGUGAGAGGGGUGGAGCUGGUCCUCAAGGUCUUCAGGGACCUCGUGGGCUUCCCGGAACCCCUGGAAGUGAUGGCCCGAAGGGAGCGAUUGGACCUGCUGGAGCUGCUGGACCUCAGGGACCACCUGGCCUUCAAGGUAUGCCUGGAGAGAGAGGAGCCGGUGGCAUCCCAGGAGCCAAAGGAGACAGAGGUGAUAAUGGUGCAAAGGGACCUGAAGGAGCUCCUGGAAAGGAUGGUUCUAGAGGUUUGACUGGUCCUAUUGGUCCUCCUGGACCUGCUGGACCCAACGGUGCCAAGGGUGAGAAUGGACCUGCAGGGCCUUCUGGUGCUCCUGGCGUUCGUGGUGCUCCUGGUGACCGUGGUGAGGGAGGUCCUCCCGGGCCUGCUGGAUUUGCUGGACCUCCUGGUGCCGAUGGUCAGCCUGGAGUCAAGGGAGAGCUUGGGGAGAGCGGACAGAAAGGAGAGGCUGGUGCUUCCGGGCCUCAGGGACCAUCAGGAGCACCUGGACCUGUGGGCCCAACAGGUGUUCCAGGACCUAAAGGAGCCCGUGGUGCUCAGGGAGCUCCUGGUGCCACUGGUUUCCCUGGUGCAGCUGGCAGAGUGGGGUCUCCUGGCCCUAAUGGUAACCCUGGUGCUGUUGGACCCGCUGGCCCGGCUGGCAAAGAUGGACCAAAGGGUGCUCGAGGUGAUGCAGGACCUCCAGGAAGACAGGGAGAUGCUGGCCUCCGAGGACCCGCUGGUGCACAAGGAGAAAAGGGAGAACCUGGAGAAGAUGGACCCCCUGGUGCUGAUGGACCUUCAGGGCCUCAGGGUUUGGCUGGAUCGCGUGGUAUUGUUGGAUUGCCUGGACAGCGUGGAGAGAGAGGUUUCCCUGGUCUUCCUGGACCAUCUGGUGAGCCUGGUAAACAAGGAUCUCCUGGAUCUGGUGGCGACCGUGGACCUCCUGGACCUGUGGGACCCCCUGGACUUACUGGACCAGCUGGAGAGACUGGAAGAGAGGGUACCCCUGGAUCAGAUGGACCACCAGGUAGAGAUGGAGCUGUUGGAAUCAAGGGAGAGCGAGGUAACACUGGUCCUGCUGGUGCCCCUGGAGCUCCUGGUGCCCCCGGUGCUCCUGGCCCCGUUGGACCUCUUGGCAAGCAGGGAGAUAGAGGAGAGUCUGGUGCCCAAGGACCUGCAGGACCUCCUGGACUCGCAGGUGCACGAGGAAUGGCUGGGCCCCAAGGACCACGUGGAGAUAAGGGAGAGAGUGGUGAAGCUGGCGAGAGAGGACAAAAGGGUCACCGUGGAUUCACAGGUCUUCAGGGUCUUCCCGGACCUCCUGGUACCGCUGGAGAUUCUGGUUCUGCUGGACCUCCAGGACCAAAUGGAGCUAAGGGACCACCUGGGCCAAGCGGACCCGCUGGCAAGGAUGGAUCUAACGGACAACCUGGCCCCAUCGGACCACCUGGGCCUCGUGGACGCUCUGGAGAAAGUGGCCCACCUGGUCCUCCUGGAAAUGCUGGCCCCCCUGGUCCUCCUGGCCCUCCAGGACCCGGCAUUGACAUGUCUGCCUUUGCUGGUUUGGGUCAGACUGAGAAAUCUCCCGAUCCACUAAGAUACAUGAGGGCUGAUGAGGCCUCCAGCUCGCUGAGACAGCAUGAUGUCGAGGUUGAUUCCACUCUUAAAUCGCUGAACAACCAGAUUGAGAAUCUGCGCAGCCCAGAUGGCUCUCAGAAGAACCCUGCUCGCUCCUGCAGGGACCUCAAACUGUGCCACCCUGAGUGGAAGAGUGGUGACUACUGGGUUGACCCCAACAUUGGAAGUACAGCUGAUGCCAUCAAGGUCUUCUGCAACAUGGAGACCGGUGAGACCUGUGUCUACCCAAGUAUCGCCAAAGUACCGAAGAAGUCCUGGUGGACCAGCAAGAGCAAGGAUCGCAAGCACAUCUGGUUUGGAGAGGCCAUGAAUGGAGGAUUCCACUUCAGCUACUCUCAGGAUGGCCCUGCUGCCAACGCCGCCAGCGUUCAGCUGACCUUCUUGAGGCUUCUUUCCAAUGAGGCGUCCCAGAACCUCACGUACCACUGCAAGAACAGCAUUGCCUACAUGGACCAGGCGACAGGCAACCUGAAGAAGGCUUUGCUCCUGCAGGGCUCCAACGAUGUGGAGAUCCGCGCAGAGGGCAACAGUCGCUUCACAUACAGCGUGUUGGAGGAUGGUUGUAAGAAACACACAGGCCGAUGGGGCAAAACUGUCUUUGAGUACAAAACACUGAAGACCUCCCGUCUGCCCAUCGUGGACAUUGCUCCUAUGGAUAUCGGAGGAGCGGAUCAGGAGUUUGGCGUGGAUGUUGGCCCAGUCUGCUUCUUGUAA